UCGAGGACGCCCCGACUGAGUUUGCUUAACUCUGUAUCGCUCCGGCUGCGGUCGGAUCCUCUCGGGAAUCCCUCGGUUUAGCUCCGAAUGUCUUGUGUUGUUUUUUGGUGGGUUUUGUUAUGGUUUUUUUGGUUUGGUUUUUUUGUUGUUGUUGUUGUUUGGUUGGUUGGUUGCGUUUUGUUUGUUUGUUUUGUGCCGAUUCGCUGUUUUUAAGUCCCUCGGUGCAUCCCCGUCCCGUUCGACCCUUCCCCACUUAGGGAGCCGCUUGACGAGGCGAGCGCUGCCCGUUCCGGCUCCAAACCUGCCCCAAACCCCCCGAGACCCCCCCCAGUUUCCACCUGGAAGCUGCAGGGUACCGUCGGGAGGUAGAGCCGGGGAGAGCGGGGCUGCUGGUGGGCUUGUGGGUGUCCCUGAAGCCCCUUUGUCGCCUGGGGCUGGGGGGGCUCCCGGGAUGGCCCCGAUCUCCCGGGAUCCUGGCACGGGGAGGGCGGGCAAGCGUUGGCUUGCAGAGGGAGCGACCCGCCCCCUCCCCGCCCGCUGCGGGGGGAACCCGUGAUUCAUCCGGGCUCGGAGCGCUGGGAGCGCCCGCCGAGCGCUGCCAAACCCGGAGCGCCCAUGGGGCGGUGCCGAGGUGGGAGAAGAGGGGGGAGCCUCGGGGUUCUUCCUGCGUGCCGUACCCCAAAAGGGUCAGCGGUGACCCCUGAGCGAACGGGGGCCCGCACAAACCCGCGAGGCUGGAGCCCCCCCGCAGACGGGGAGGUGGGUCCCUGGCACGACGGUGGCACUGAGAGGGUUUCGGUCAGGCCACCAGGGGACUGUCACCCCAAAACGCUGGCCCGCAGCUCUUGCCACCCCGCCCCAGCCUCGGCUCCUGCUGACGGCGGCACAUUCCUCGGGGACAAGCCGCCCUUUUCACCCCCGACCGAAGCGCAAACCCGGUGUCAUCCGCCGGGUGUUGUAAAGCCGGCCCAGCCCGGAACGCGGUGACGCCAAGCGCUGAGCCAGGGCUGGCUGUGCAGCCGGGCCCGCGUGGCCACGCUCGCCCCAAACCGCCCAGCCCGGCCGGGGACGAGCCACCGUGUCCCCGAGCAGGGCCAGAGCCGCUGUCCGGCCGGGACUGAGAACGGCCGCAACUCAGGGCAGGGAUGAGCAGCUCGCCCGAGGCCGGCGUCUGCUCCCUGGCCUUGCCCUCGGACCGGCAGCUGGACGAGCGUGGCCGGGAGGCGGCCGAGACCCAGAGGCUGCGUAGCGCCCGCGUCCAGGAGCAGGUCCGCAUCCGCAUGAUGCUGCGGGGGAACGCGGCGCCCACCCGCCCCGAGGACAUCGCCGACGGCAGCAGAGGUGGUCAGUACGGCACGACCCUGCACUCCUCCUUCAGCUCCCGCUCCCAGAGCAAUGGUGUGGACCCCAAAGCCUCGCUGUACCAGCCGCUGGCCAAGAAGGAUUUCGGCACCCUGCGGGGCAGCGGCUGGUCCUCCCGCUCGGCCGUGGACCUCACCCCGCACAAGCGCGUGGCCACCAUCAGCAACGGGGGCCUGGCCAAGGCCCGGGGCUACGGCACCGGCUACGCGGCCUCGCAGGCGGCCAACACCUCGCCGCGGCCCAGCUCCUUCCACGAGCGCACCUACCGCAGCCGGCAGAACUUCGACACGCUGUCACUGCGCUCCCUGCGCCUGGCGGACGGGCCCCUGCAGCCCCCCGGCCUCGUCGACGACCGCUACAGCGUCCUCUCGGAGCAGCUGGACGCGCCGGGGCACCGCCCAUUCUACAAGAGCCAGGGCGGUGGCGGCGGCUUCGCCCGCUCCUUCGCCUUCGAGCGGCAGCUGAGCGCCGGCACGGCCGCCAAGGCCGGCUGCGAGUGGCUGGAGGGGGCCGAGGGGCCGCCGAGCCGCACCAUCCGCGCGCCCGCCAUGCGGACGCUCCAGCGCUUCCAGAGCAACAACCGCUCGCGGCUGAGCGCCGGCUCCUUCGGCGGAGUGUCCGCAGGCGGCACGGGCGCCUUCCUGGGGCUGGGGGAGCACGGCUCCCGCGCCCCCUCCGUGCGCAGCCUGGCCGAGUCCGGCCACCACCUCCCGGAGCCGCGCACCAUGGAGAUGUACAAUGGGCACGGGACGCUGCUCGGGCACCACGCCGGGGGGUUUGACGACAUCGACCUGCCCUCAGCAGUGAAGUACCUGAUAGCCAGCGACCCCAACCUGCAGGUGCUGGGCGCUGCCUACCUGCAGCACAAGUGCUACAGCGACAGCAGCGCCAAGAAGCAGGCCCGCAGCCUGCAGGCCAUGCCCAAGCUGGUGAAGCUGUUCAACAGCCCGAACCAGGAGGUGCAGCGCCACGCCACCGGCGCCAUGCGCAACCUCAUCUACGACAACGCCGAGAACAAGCUGGCGCUGGUGGAGGAGAACGGCAUCUACGAGCUCAUGCGCACGCUGAGGGAGCCCGACGACGAGCUCCGCAAGAACGUCACAGGGAUCCUGUGGAAUCUCUCCUCCAGCGACAACCUGAAGGAUCGCCUGGCGCGGGACACGCUGGAGCAGCUCACGGACCUGGUCCUGGUCCCCCUCUCUGGGUUGGGGGGCUCGGGUGUCAUCCAGCAGAACCCCUCAGAGGCAGAGAUCUUUUAUAACUCCACAGGCUUCCUCAGGAACCUGAGCUCUGCCAGCCAACAGACCCGGCAGAAGAUGCGAGAGUGCCAUGGGCUGGUGGACUCCAUGAUCCACUACGUGAACAGCUCCCUGGAAGUGGGGAAGUCAGAGGACAAGAGCGUGGAGAACGCGGUCUGUGUCCUGCGCAACCUCUCCUACCGCCUGUACGACGAGAUGCCCCCGUCCUCGCUCCAGCGCCUCGAGGGCCACAGGAGGGGCGCCGGCGGCACGGUGACGGGGGAGCUGGUGGGCUGCUUCAGCCCCCAGAGCAAGAAAGCCCGUGAGCACUACCUGAACGCGGACAUCGUCACCUUCACGGAGGUCUCCAAGGACCCCAAGGGGAUGGAGUGGCUCUGGAACCCGCAGAUCGUGGGCAUCUACAACCGGCUGCUGCAGCGCUGCGAGCUCAACAAGCACACGACGGAGGCGGCCUCGGGCGCCCUGCAGAACAUCACGGCCGGGGACCGCAGGUGGGCAGGGGUGCUGAGCCGGCUGGCGCUGGAGCAGGAGCGCAUCCUGAACCCCGUGCUGGACCGCGUCCGCACCGCCGACCACCACCAGCUGCGCUCCCUGACCGGGCUCAUCCGCAACCUGUCCCGCCACGCCCGAAACAAGGAUGAGAUGUCCACCAAGGUGGUCAGCCACCUGAUCGAGAAGCUGCCCGGGAGCGUGGGGGACAAGGCACCGCCCGCCGAUGUCAUCGUGAACAUCAUCGCCGUGCUCAACAACCUGGUGGUGGAGAGCCCCAUGGCUGCCCGAGACAUCGUCUACUUCGACGGCCUCAGGAAGCUCUUCUUCAUCAAGAAGCGACGGGACAGCUCGGACAAUGAGAAGUCCUCCCGAGCCGCAGCCAGCCUCCUGGGAAACAUGUGGCAGUACACCAAGCUCCACCGGGACUUCAAGAUGAAGGGGUACCGGAAGGAGGACUUCCUCAGCCUGUGAGGACACCCUGGGAGCUGGAAUGCCCUGCUGGGAUGCUCCGUGCUGCCGGCCAUGCCCUGGGGAGGCUGCUCGCCAUCAGACCCCCCCUCUGUAGCCUAGUCCCCACCACAUCCCGUGUGCCUCCCCCUCUGCUGGGUCCCCUUCCCCUGCUGAGGGACACUUGUCCUCCCUCCUGACCAGCCUUAAACCCAGAGGCUGCUUUUGGCUCUGCUGUGGGGCCCCACAGGGACCCCGUUAGUAGGGGUCUGCCUCACAGCACCCCUUGGGGACCCUCCCCACCCUCAGGCAGCUGGCUGCAAAACUUGGCUUGUCCCGCAUCUUGACAGAGGGGCAGGAACCACAGGGAUUUGGGAAGGCUCCUGUAGAGCAACGCUGGGUCAGGGGGGCUUUCAGGGCUGCUUCAUCCCAGCUCCCUGAGCUGGGUGGGUGUCGGUGCCCCGCGCCAGCGUGGGAUGUGCUGUGGAAUACAUGUGCUGUGCCCCAGCUGGGUGGGGACGGGGCUUUGCAUGGCUUGGGGGGCUUAGAGGGCUCUGAGGUGGCUUCCCACAGUUAAUAGGGUGGCACAGGGGCUGCAGGGAGCGGGAUGUGGUGCUGCGUGCCCCCUUUGCCGGUGCUGGCGGGUAGAGGGAUGUGUGUGACUGGGGCUGCCCGUGCCCUCGCUGCAGGAAACCAGGGGUGUCCCUGGAGCCCAUCUGUCACCCCGUGGGGACUGUCCCAGCGUGGCAGAGCCGCCGCUGCCGCUGCUCCCCAGCUGCUGCCAGGGCUGGGCCCGGCUGGCACGGCGGGAGCAGGAUCCGGGCAGGGCCGGCCGGGUCGUGUUUGCUGAGCGGCGUCGCCCCGUGGGUGGGGAGAUGCCCCCAGUGCCCCCGGCUGCCUCGGUGCUGGGCACAGGCGGGGCAGCAGGUCCAAAGCUCGGCCAGGCGGGUGGGCUGGGGGGUGGCUUUGGGCUGUCGGCAGGUUUGGGGCUGGGGGCACAGCGCACCCCGGGGGGAACAAGGUAGAGUAGGUAGAGGGCUGGGAGGGUUUGGGGAAGUGGGUGGUGCUGCCAGAAGGGUUGCAUCCGGGCCUGGCGUGGCCCCCUCGGUGAGCAGCACCCGGCGCGGUCCCGGCUGGGGGUCACGGGGUGUUUGCCUCCCCAGCUCUCCGUGUACAACCACCCCCGAGCCCUGUGUGCCCCUGAAAUAAAGGCCUUGAACGAUG